UUGGGCUUUCAGGUCUGAGAUUCUCCUGAAAAGCAGAAAAAGAAACAAUAAUCUCCCCUCACUGCGGGGCGAGUUUGGGUCUCAGACAAAGCCAAUCAGAAACGGCCACCAGCCACCUGCAGGAAGUCGGCCGUCCAUUUAUCUCCUCCCUUCUGCGCGUGCAGUCAGAUAACAGACCCAGCGGUUGGAUCGAGUGUCAGCUGGCCAGCAGUCCGAUCUGAUGGGCACCAAAACACUGUAACGGCCCCUGCGCAGCCCGGGGACCCUCUUGGUUAGUGGAAGUGGGGAAAAGUGAGCUCAGCGUCAGAGCUGGGAGUUACAGAAGGCUCUGGACUGAAGACGGGAGGAAGGUGUUAGAUUUAUGCUGGAAGAGACGGAGAGACGCAGCGCGUCCGCAGCGGUACACACCAUGAGCGUCCCGCUUUACGCACCGACCCCCAUCCAGCCGGCUCAUCCGACCCCCUUCUACAUCGAGGACAUCCUGGGAAGGACUGGUUCGGCCGCCAUCUCUUCAUCUUCAUCUUCCUCCUCCUCCUCCUGCUCCACUCCGGUGAUCCCCACACCGACACUCCCGUCAGCGAACUCCUCCUUCACCAGUCUGAUUUCUCCCUACCGGACACCGAUUUACGAGCCCACGCCGAUCCACCCGGUGCUGUCCCACGCCGCGCUGACAGCGACGUACGGCCCCGUCGGAGCCUUCGGCGGCUCCAUCUACCCGUUCCACCAGCAGCAGCACCGCUCCAUGGGGGAGUACGCACAGGCGCUGCUCCGACAGGACCCCCUCGGGAAGCCCCUGCUGUGGAGCCCGUUUAUCCAGCGGCCCCUACACAAGAGAAAGGGAGGUCAGGUCCGGUUCUCCAACGACCAGACCGUCGAACUGGAGAAGAAGUUCGAGACGCAGAAAUACCUGUCCCCUCCGGAGAGGAAGCGUCUGGCCAAGAUGCUGCAGCUCAGCGAGAGACAGGUGAAGACGUGGUUUCAAAACCGACGAGCCAAGUGGAGAAGAUUAAAACAGGAAAAUCCCCAGGGCGGUAAGCGGGAGGUGGAGGACGACAGCGCGCUCGGGAGGAACUGUAAGUCGGAUAAAUUGACGGAGCAGGUGGGGAUCCAGAGCAUGGAGCACCGGCAGACAGGCCCGACCCCACUCCUGACCUCGGGGGGUCACCGUGUGCACUCUGGGUCUGUGCAGUCCCCCACAGAGCUGGACUCUGAUGUGUCCGAUGAUUCAGACCAGGAACUGGAUAUAGAAAGUAACAGUGAGUUAACACUAAACCCAUAAUUGUGCAGACGGCCUCUCAGCAUUCUUGCUGCACCAUGAACUCUGUUUCUAAAACUAGCUUUGUGCCUUCCUGGGAAGUAGGGAUGCAGAAAUAAGUUCAAAUAAAAGACUCAACCUGGACUUGGAAAUGUUUUCAGUUUUGGGACUGAACCUUGUAUUGCGUUAUCUCCAGCCAUGGCUAAUGCUGCUUUCUGCAGCUCUGAUUCACGGACAUCGGCUCUGUGUUUACCUCUUGUAUAUGAUGUAUAAUAGUUUUUGGGUUGCAUUAGUAGUGACUACUAACAAUCACUGUAAAUAUAUGGUAUUUCCCUCUAUCUUUUAUUGUUCAUGUUAAGAUUGUGGUAUACAAAUGAAUAAUCAGUGAAGCUUACAAUGUACUUUUGGAGUCAUGUUUAAGAGUCUGUUUUCUGACCUGAAUAAAAACAUGUUAGCUUACAUUUAACAUAAAUGUCAUUUUUGUUAUUCAGGACAAAACUGAAGAAAAAUCCAUUUUUAAUUUACCGUUAGCUGUAUGAGUGGAUUUUUACAGUUUAUGAUCUUCAAAUAUAUAAAUAGUACUAAUAAAUAAUAAUAAAUAAAUAAAUAAUAAUCUACAUUUAAAUUAUAAAAUAUAUUAACAAAGGAAAAAUACCAAUGUAUAUAUUCUCUUAAUUUGAUAACUUGGAUAUUAAUCCUGCUGUUUACAUAGUUUUAGCUGACAAAGGUGCACAAAUGUAUUUGUAUGAAAACUACUUUGAAUCAUAUUUUUAAUCAAAUUGGAUGUUUAACUCAAUGAUGUGCAAAAUCUGUGCAGAGUUCAAAGAAGAUUUAUUUGUACAGAUUUUAGUAAACUGACUUUGUUUCA